GAACAAUCACAAAAAACAUUAUCUUAGGGAUUGUACUAAUUCUCCAAGGACUAUUCCAUCAAAACAUAUUAAUAUUAUUCAUAACUCAAUACCUCAAAAGAAAAUUCACAAUAGCAUUUGUUUGCCUGUGGAAUCUUUUGCAAAGGAAUCAUCUCAAUUUAAGACCAGUUUGCGUAAUCUUCAAAAUGCAGAAAACUGGACAAUAGAAGAGAUAAAUGUUAGCAAAAAGUUAUUAAAUGCAUGCGAAAUAGACCAUUUCUUCAAUAUUCUAGGAGAUCCUCAAGAAUUAGUAACAUGGUGUGAAAAUGAAUACAGAAAGCUAGAACAGAAGAAACAUUAUCUAAGUGGUGGAAAUCCAAUGAAAAAAGAAGUUUUCAAGAAGUAUCUUUAUUUGCAG